GCAAUAUCCACUUACUGUACGCACCACAGCAAUGAAACAAAUUGUGUCGAACAAGACCGAUUCUUGAUUUAAAAUAAUUGAAGGCUGGUUAAUAUAAAAGUUUGUGCUUUCCAAUUUGUCGAUACUGAAGCAAUUACCUAUUAAUUAAUAAUUUCUGAAUGGUAGGAAUGUAUAGACAACGGAUCCCUUGGAUUGAUUACCUUGGUCUAUUCGCUGCGUAUAUCGGCGUUUACGCCGAAUUGAUUAUUCGUGUAUUUAUUUACUUGAUCCCAGAUCAAAUUCGAGAAUGGGGACGAAAAAGGGUUAUUCGUAUUUACCAUUAUUAUAUUAGUACAAAAACAACUGAAGGAAUGACUGAUGCAGUUCAAAAAUGCAGAAAUAUAUACGAAAUUUGUGAGGCUUUUGGCUACAAAGCCGAGGAGCACCUCUUACGCACCGAAGAUAAUUUUGUCCUUUGUCUGCACAGAAUAACACAUCCUUCCAAAAAACAAACGAAAAAGCGAGGAGUUGUUUACUGUCAUCAUGGGCUCAUGACGAACUCUGAGCUUUGGGUGGCAGUCAACGAACCAGAACGAAAUCUUCCUUUUGUUAUGGUCGACAAUGGCUAUGAUGUUUGGCUUGGCAAUAAUAGAGGAAACAAGUAUAGCAGGAAACAUGUUGUGUACAAACCGAAGGACGAAGAAUUCUGGAAUUUCUCCCUAGAUGACAUGGCCAUGUUUGACAUUCCUAAUACAGUAGACUAUAUACUUCAUGAGACUGGAGAGAAGGAACUUAGCUAUAUUGGAUUCUCUCAAGGAACCGCUCAAGCAUUUGCUUCAUUAAGUAUAAACAAUUCCCUAAACGACAAAGUCAAAAUCUUCAUCGCCCUAGCUCCUGCCUUCACUCCGAAGGGAUUUUCGAAUCAUCUGGUUGACUAUCUAGUUAAAGCAAAUCCAAAAAUAAUGUAUAAUCUAUUUGGCAUGCGAUGUCUUUUACCUUCUGUGGCUUUUUGGCAAAAUAUUUGUUAUCCUCCUAUCUUUGUAAAAAUUGUGGACUUCUUUCUCAAAUUACUCUUCGACUGGGACUUAAAGAAUAUCUCACCAAACCAAAAACUAUGUGGUUACGCUCAUUUAUAUUCUUUCUCUAGUGUCAAAAGUUGUGUUCACUGGCUUCAGAUUAUCAGAAAUUGCACAUUUCAGUUAUACGAUGAUGAUUUGGCACUCAUUACUGGCUUUACUUCACGCCAUUAUCAAGUGCCUUUAUUCCCGACAAGCAAUAUCAAAUGCCCUAUUUUAUUACUAUGGGGAGGAAAAGAUACUCUUAUUAAUAUGGAAUAUAUGCAAUCUGCCUUACCACCUCAGGCACAGGAAAUAGAGAUUGAGCAUUAUGAGCACUUGGACUUCCUUUGGGCAAAUGAUUUGAAGGAACAAGUUAUUCCAAAGGUUCUCAAGGCACUGGCUGAUUAAACCACUUGACACUACUCAAUGGUGCUAUUUAAGUAAUUAUGAAUAUAUUUAUUUACAAACCAAUACACACUAUAAUCCAUAAAUCUUUGCGACAAAUAUCUUUCUAUAUUAGCUUUCGUAAAC